UGCCUGCGGCGGGAGCUGUCCCCGAGACCUAGUGCUGAAGUAGGCGCGGACGUGCCUGGGUGCCCGGCGCGUGGUACCCAGCGCCCGGGGCCAGCGAAGACCAUGGCGUUUAUGGUGAAGACCAUGGUGGGCGGCCAGCUGAAGAACCUCACUGGGAGCCUAGGGGGCGGCGAGGACAAGGGGGACGGGGACAAGUCGGCCGCCGAAGCGCAGGGCAUGAGCCGAGAGGAGUAUGAAGAGUAUCAGAAGCAACUGGUGGAAGAGAAGAUGGAGCGGGAUGCACAGUUCACUCAGAGGAAGGCAGAACGGGCCACGCUGCGGAGCCACUUUCGAGACAAAUACCGGCUGCCCAAGAACGAGACAGAUGAGAGCCAGAUCCAGAUGGCAGGUGGAGACGUGGAGCUGCCCCGGGAGCUGGCCAAGAUGAUUGAGGAGGACACAGAGGAGGAGGAGGAGAGGGCCUCGGUCCUUGGACAGCUGGCCAGCCUCCCUGGCCUGGACCUUGGCUCACUCAAGGACAAGGCCCAGACCACACUGGGGGACCUCAAGCAAUCAGCUGAGAAGUGCCAUGUCAUGUGACUACAUCCCCUGGGGUGACCAGAGGGCUGGGCCCACAUAAGCACUAAAAGCAUGUCUCACAUUCCAGGGUCCCAUAUCCCAUCUUGGCUUUUUUCCCUGCCCCACACCAGCCCCUUCUCAUCCAUGGCUCAAGUCUGCCUUCCACACUCUCUCUCCACAGGGAGAAAAGUCCCCAUUCCUUGCCCUACCCUUCAGGACCCACCCUCCCUACUCUGCCUGGGGAAGCCUCCUAAGAUUGUGAGAAUAGGCCUGACCCUCUCUGGCCAUGGUCCCAAGUUUCUGCACACAGGAACACCUGUAGAGGAAUACACAGAGGGACACAGAAACCCUGGCAGGUGUAGAGGCAUAUGCCUCAGAUGCAUCCUGGCACACACAGACGCAAACACAGGCCAGCUCCUGAGUGCCUAUCCCCUCUAGACAUCAACACUCAGAUAUGCUUAGAGGGGGCUUUAGGCAGACACCCUCAGCAGGCAGGAGGCCUAAAUACAAGUCUCCACAUUUAUUCUCCUCAAAACCCACUGCCCUUUCUGGGUCUCAUUUCAUCAUCUAUAAAAUGGGGAUGGACUGGGUGAUUUCUAAGACUUUCUAAAUUGGCCCUUUCUGGCCCCUUGGAGUCAAACCCACACUCCUCCUUGGGCAAGGCAGCAGCUGCAGCCAUGGCCUCAAGUGGCUGCCACUGUGGGCUCUGGCUCUUGGAAGCUGAGCAAUGCUAUGUGAGGGGCCUACUGCCAAGGAUGAAGCUGGCACUGAACAGUAGCCCAGGCAGCUCCAGGCCUUCUCUGGGCCUAGGGCCCAGCCAAUUUCUGUUCUGUUCCUGUAGUUCUAUCUCUGGAUUCCAUAGCUGGAUUUCCUCUCUCAACUCAGUGAAAAAUAAAAAUUCCAAAUGACCUGCCUAUUCUCCCA